AUGGGUAAGAGAUUUUCAGAAUCAGCUGCUAAGAAGGCAGAAGGUCAGGCGAGGAAAAGAGAGCAGGCUCGAGUUAAGCAGAGGGCUGAAAUGGAAAAAGCUGAGGCUGAAGAAGCUUCUAAAUGGGAGCAAGGGUCUAAGAAGCCAAGUUCUAAGAAGUUGGCGGAAGAACAGAAAAAACAAGAUAAAUUGCAGGCCAAGAAGGAACGUGAAGCCAUGCUAGCUGCCGAAGAGGCCGCUUUGGGUAAAGGUGGUAAGGGUAAGAAACGUUAA